AUGCGCGCCGUUCAAGUUAGCGAAUAUGUCAAGGGGCCCCUUGACCUAAAAGUCUCAACCAUCCCAACCCCAGCCCCAGCCGCAGAUAAAUAUCUCAUCGAGAUUCACUCCGCCGGUACCAAUUUCUUCGAUAUCCUCCAAAUUCAAGGCAAAUACCAACACCAGCCCCCUCUCCCAUGGGUCGGGGGAUCCGAGUUCGCCGGUACAAUCGCCGCCGUACCAAGUGCAUCAGCCUCACCCCGGUUUAAGGUCGGAGAUCGAGUUUUCGGAGCUAUUCAAGGUGCCUACGCUACUCACGUCCUUGCACCAGAGGCUUCUCUCCUCCCCGUACCCCAGGGGUGGAGUUUCGAAGAUGCGGCAGGAUUAUUCGUUACAGCCCCAACUUCCUAUGGUGCUCUUGUACACCGUGCUGGUGUGAAAGAGGGAGACUGGGUUCUUGUUCAUGCGGCAGCUGGUGGUGUUGGUUUAGCUGCUGUGCAGAUUGCCAAGGCGAAGGGUGCGACUGUCAUUGCGACGGCGGGAACGCAACGGAAACGGGAUAUUGCGAAGGAGUUCGGGGCGGACUAUGUGAUUGAUUAUACGGAUAAGGCUUGGCCGGAAGAAGUUAAGAAGCUUUGUGCGGCGAAGAGAGAGGGGAAUGGGAAGGCUGGUGUGGAUAUUGUUUAUGAUCCUGUGGGUAUGAUUGAGACGAGUCUCAAGUGCGUGGCUUGGAAUGCGCGAUUGCUGGUUAUUGGGUUUGCGGCUGGCAAGAUUGAGAAGGUUGCGUUGAAUCGGGUCUUGUUGAAGAAUGUGAGUCUCGUUGGUAUUCAUUGGGGACAAUAUGCUCGCUUUGAGACCGAGACGGUUGAGGCGGUCUGGAAGGGAAUCUUUGAUUUGGUUGCUAAGGGUCAGUUCCGGGGUACGGCGUUCAAGGAUGAGAGCUUCGUUGGAUUGGAAAGUGUUCCUCGGGCUCUUCAGGCAUUGGGUGGACGUGAAACUUGGGGGAAGGUUGUGGUGAACGUUGUUGGAGAGGAGAAGACCAAGAGUCGAUUGUAA